UAAAACAAAAUAGCCAAAAAAAAAAAAGCCCUAAGAUUUUGAGAGAUCUGAAAGCUUUGUUAUUCUCAGGUGAAACUGGGAAUCUUCAAUCUCAAAUACUCUGUCAUUUUUUCCCAUCUAAGCUUUAGCAGAAGCUGCUAAUUUUGGGUAUCGGAUGUUGAUGAUGAUCUGCUAAAUUGUCAUGUCUGGGAUCUAUGAAAUUUGUUGAAUUGCAGGCUCAACCUUUGUAAUUCAGCUGUUCGACGUGGUUUUUGGGAGGUUUUAAUUUGCUUGAGUUGAGUGAGCACUUUAAAUUACUGCAGUUCACUGAUUUAUGGAUUAAGAUAGGCUUUGUAGCACAGUUGUAGGGUACUCUGGUAGAAUUGGGGCCUUCUUUGUAUAAUUCUGGAAGUUAAGAAAGAAAUGGGUGAAAAGUUUUGGGUGAAUGAGGAAGAUAAGGCUAAGGUGGAAUCUGUUUUGGGUGCUGAAGCCUGUGAAUUCUUGAUAUCCUUGGCUUCUAAACAAGUGCUGUCAGAGUUAGUUACUCGACCACCUAGUGAUUUGGGUGUGCAGCAAAGGCUUUGCCAGAUCGUAGAUGGGUCAAAUUGGAACUAUGCUAUUUUCUGGCAGGUAUCAAGCUUGAAAUCUGGUGGAUCGAUCUUGAUUUGGGGUGAUGGGCACUGCCGGGAUCCUAAGCUUGGUGGAGUUGGUGAUGCAAGUACCUCUGGGGAUGGCAAAUUGGAGGGGGUUGAGGAUAAAAAUGAGGUCAAAAGGCUGGUGCUCCAGAAACUGCAUGCAUGCUUUGGUGGGUCAGAGGAGGAUAACUAUGCUGCAAAGUUGGAUGGAGUAUCGGAUAUGGAGAUGUUUUAUCUCACUUCAAUGCACUUUUCAUUUCAUUGCGAUUCAUCAUAUGGUCCUGGAGAAUCCUACAAGUCUGGCAGAUCAAUUUGGACCUCAGAUGUGAAUAAUUGUUCAGAUCAUUAUCAAUCAAGAUCAUUUCUAGCAAGAUCUGCUGGGUUGCAAACAGUGGUGUUCAUACCUGUGAAGUCUGGAGUGGUGGAGCUUGGCUCCAUCAAUUUGAUUCCCGAAGAGCAGAAUAGUGUGGAGAUGGUGAGUAAUGUGUUUGGUGGAUCCAGUUCUGUACAGACAAAAACAAUUCCAAAGAUAUUUGGACGUGAACUAAGUUUGGGUGGUUCAAAGUCACGAUCAAUUAGUAUUAAUUUCUCUCCAAAAGUGGAAGAUGAGUCAGGAUUCACAUUGGAAACUUACGAUGUUCAAGCACUAGGUUCCAAUCAAAUUUAUGGUAAUUCUUCUAAUGGAUGUCGAAGUGAUGAUGGCGAAGCCAAGUUGUUUCCACAGUUGCUUGUUGGAGGAUUCAAUGCACAAGCAAGAAUUUCUGGUUUGGAGCAGCCUAAGGAUGACUCGCCAUCUCUACCUGAUGAGCGGAAACCUAGGAAAAGGGGAAGGAAGCCAGCCAAUGGGAGAGAAGAACCAUUGAAUCACGUUGAAGCAGAACGACAGAGGCGGGAAAAGCUUAACCAGCGAUUUUAUGCAUUAAGAGCUGUUGUCCCUAAUAUCUCUAAGAUGGACAAAGCUUCUUUGCUUGGAGAUGCCAUUACUUAUAUCACUGACCUCCAGAUGAAGAUUAGGGUCUUGGAAACUGAAAAGGAGAUUGGAAAUAAUACCCAAAAGCAGUUGUCAAUGCCUGACAUAGAUUUUCAGCAAAGGCAUGAAGAUGCAGUUGUGACAUUGCGUUGCCCCUUGGAUGCUCACCCAGCUUCUAGAGUCAUAAAAGCAUUAGGGGAAAGUGAAAUUACAGCACAUGAGUCUGAUGUAUCAACAACAGAUAAUGACAAGGUUGUUCACACCUUCACCAUUCGAGCCCCUGGUGGUUCUGCUGAACAAUUGAAGGAGAAACUGUUGGAUUCUUUUUUGAAGUGAUGUUAGGGUAACGGUUGUGCCGAUAACGUUCAUCUGAGUGCAUGCCAUGCACCAGCUUGUAGAAAGACGGGACUUUGAGCUGACUAACCCAUUAGUGAUUAAUGUCUUUCUUUCCAUCAACGAUAUGUACUCCAACUCUUUUAAAUGAAUUUGUUUUGUCGAAUCUGUGGAGACGGUGAGUCCUGCUGUGAUCUUUGUUGAAUUUUCAAUAUAAAACAAAAUGCAUGGAUUAGAUGGGCACAGAGGAAAUUGUAAGCUUGUAACUCAUAACAUCUGAUCUUUUGUUGUCCAAUUGUGGAGUUGCAAA